AUGGGUUUAGCGGGAACUAAAGUGAAACAAAGAUUCGGUUUAGAUCCAAGAAACACCAACUGGUCCAAUGAUACUUCCAGAUUUGGCCAUCAAUAUUUGGAAAGAAUGGGCUGGAAGCCAGGUAAAGGGUUGGGUUUAGUUGAGCAUGCAACGACUUCACACGUCAAGGUUUCCAUAAAGGAUGAUAAUUUGGGAUUAGGUUCUAAACUAGCUAAGAAACAGAAGACCGAUGAAUUCGACAGUGGUGAAUGCUCUGGUUUAGACGUUUUCCAAAGGAUUCUCGGGAGACUUAAUGGGAAAGAGGAUCAAAUAAACAAAGAAAUCGAAAGAAAAAGAAAAGAUAAUAUUAUUAAUGGUAAAUGGGGAAUCCAAUUUAUCAAAGGAGAAGUUUUGCAGAGCACAUGGGACAAGGAAGCUAAAAAGCUUCUUGAUAAAGGGACCACAAAGAAAAGAAAAAUAGACUCAGUAGACUCAAGCGAAGAAUCAACGACGAGUUCAGAUAGUAAGCAGCAUAAGAAGAAAAAAAUAAAGAAGGACCGUAAGGAAAAAGAAGAGAAGAAGACCGAGAAGGAAAAUAGUGAGAUCAAGAAGAAGAAGAAAGAGAAGAAAGAGAAGAAAGAGAAGAAAGAGAAGAAAGAUAAGAACGAGAAGAAAGAGAAGAAAGAUAAGAACGAGAAGAAAGAGAAGAAAGAUAAGAACGAGGAGAAAGAGAAGAAAGAGAAGAAAGAGAAGAAAGAGAAGAAAGAUAAGAAAGAUAAGAAAGAUAAGAAAGAUAAGAAAGAGAAGAAAGAGGUGAAAGAAGUGACCCGUGAUAGCAUGCUCAUGCCAAAAGAGCAAUUAAACCAACAAAUAGCAACGAGGUUGUCUGUCAGAUCAAAGUGGAUCAAACAGAAAAGGGCGUCCGUCAUGGACGCAAAAGCACUUAACGAAAUUUUCAUGGUAACGAGUUAG